CUGCAAGGGCGCGGUUAAGUCCAGCUGAUAAAAUCAUGGCUGCAGAGCAGCAAGUACCCGAAGCAAGCAGAGACCAUUAUACACAGCCUCUAGAUAAUGCCAGCCUUUCUCUUAUACCUGCGAGUUCUUUCUUUCCGUUGUCCUCUUGCUCUCAACAGGUUGACAGUGCUCACCUGCAGAAGGGACCGCCAGAGGGAAGGAGAUUAGAAGACCUACCUUUCACACAGCCCGUUGUUAAAGUAUCUGGGAUCUUUUCAGCAAUUGGCCACGAGGAAGGAAAGGAAGACCUGCUUUCCUUAGAAUCAGAAGACGAAGAAAUGAUAAACUGUGAGCUCUUGCUUGGACAAGAGGAUGAGACCGUCUUGGAAGAAGGAGACGUGAGAGAGGAGAGAGCUGGAAAUGAGUCACUGGAAAGCAAAAAUAAAAAUCGAGAGAAUGAGCAGCAGAUUGAGGACAAGCAGGUCAAGAACGAAGUUGAUGCAUUGGAGACUGAAAUUCAGCUCAUUGGGAAUGAGUAUGAGGAUAAUCAUGAUGGGAAUGAGAAUGAGCAGAAUGGGAAUGAGGACGAGCAGAAUGGGAAUGAGGAUGAGCAGAAUCAAAAUGAGGACGAGCAGAAUCAAAAUGAGGACGAGCAGAAUCAAAAUGAGGACGAGCAGAAUGGGAUUGAGAACGAGCAGAAUGGGAUUGAAGACGAGCAGAAUGGGAUUGAGGACAAGCAGAAUGGGAACGAGGACAAGCAGAAUGGGAAUGAGAAUGGAAUUAAUUGUAAUGAACAGCUACCUCAAAACGAAGACGACCGUCAGUCUGAAACACUUCAGUACCAGAAUGAGAAUACAGGGAAUGAGAAAGAGAUUGUGCAGCAGAAUGAGAAGGAAGGAGAUGCCCAUCGUGAGAUUGAGCAAGAGGAUAAUUCUAAACCCCAUGAUAUAUCAAGUCUAACUCUGGAUACCCUCACCUCCUCUCCACUGGCACUGUUAGCAACAUCAAAUAAUAAUGACUUGUCUCUUUUUUCAUUUGAUCAUCCGAUAGCUCCAUUGAGCAAAGCACAGCUCUUGUGCACGCUAAAUAAAGACACGAGUAGCAGGAUUGAAUGUCUGCAGUCUCUCUCAUUCUCAACUCCUCCACGAUGGAAAUGUGACACUGAUAAUAGUCCACCUCAAAAGAGGCCGAAAAUAUCGCAUGCACAUUCCCCUCUUCUCCCAACAGUAGAGGAAGAGGUAGUAGUAGAUGAUGGAAAGGCAACUUUGUUGCAAGCUUUACCCAGCCAAGGAGCAAGAGAGAGUAUAGAAGGUAUCUCAAGUGCUGCCCAUUGCUCUCUGCAUGAAGACAAUGUUAAUGAUAAUGAUGAUGAGGAUUCAACCGCUUGCUUUGUUGUUCCUGAUGAGCCUUUGCUUUUAGCAGAUGAUGAAGAUAACAUUACGUUUCAUUCUGACAAUGUUAAAAGCUAUAGUGACGUUGCAACUAUGACAGCAAGUGAGGAGCUUCCUAAAAGAAGACUGGCGCCAUCUCCUCUGAUGACAAAAUCAGUUCUUAAGAGAGGUUUUCUUUCUGAUCUGAUAGAGCCAUGUCAGUUCAAUUUAUCAAAACCCAAACUGAGGCUAGGCCUCUCAAAAAGAAGCAAAUGUACAAAUUAGCAACUCAACUAUUAUAAAACAAUAAAUACCAUUAUAAUGUAUAAUA